UUCCUUGUUCUUUUAUUUUUUCUCUCUGAAGAAAAAUUUCCAGGGCAAAAAAAAAAUGGGUCUUCCCAGAAAAACCAAACGAAACCUAGAUUUCCGUUCCACUAAAGAUGAUGCCUGGUACACUGUUGGCAAGGUAUCUCUAAGUAAGGCGAAGAACAUUUUGACUGUAAGAUAUGCUGGGUUUGAUAAAGAAGAUGAUGAGAAGUUUAGUGCCAAAGGUUUUAAAACCGUCAAAGAACUGGAUGAUUUCUUGAACAGAUUCCGACCAGCUUGUGUGCAGCUACAGGAUGAAGAGUGUUCUGAUGUGAGUCGUGGAUUGAUGGUUUGUGCAUUGCUUGAUCAAGGCGAUGAGGAUAAAAAGUUCUAUGAUGGAGUAAUUGAAUCGAUAAACCGGAAACGUCACAAACGUAAAGGAGGAGCAGAGAGUUGUGCUUGUGCAUUUGUGGUUGGGUGGUUGGAAGGUCCAGGGGAGAACGGUAUUCAACAGAUGGGGAUUGAGGGCAUCUGUAGACUUCAACCAGGAUCUCCAUUAUUUGAUCCAGCGCUUGCAUAUUUUGUGAAGGUGUCACGAGAACAGCUUGAUUUGGUUUCUAAUGAAAAUCAAUUGCCAGUAAAAAAAAAGGUUAAGGUAAAAUUUCAGGUUUGAGUAGUAGCUAAUUUUGCCAAUUGGGUCGCAGUUUGGACCAUUUUAUUUUGUCAGCAGUAAGUUCUAAGUCAUAUCAUAAGGAAAUUUUGGAAAAUUAGACUUGAUGGGAAUGUAUGUCCACCUCUCUAAAUACUAUUACUAUUCUGUCGAGAAGAUUGUGAGGAUCGAGGAAUACAAUGUACGCAGUAGAAACUUAAUCGGUCGCCUUAAAUUCGUGUAAUUAUUUUGAUUGGGUUUAUUGACUGCAUUUGUCUGUUCUUUAAA